AUGCUUUUUCUCACAUUCUUUUUCCCAGUGGUGACGCUUUUACUUGCUCACACCAUUCAGAACUGGUUCCGUUUGAGACAUAUCCCUGGACCUUUGUGGGCCAAAGUAACGGAUCUAUGGCGCGCGUACCACUAUAUCAAGGGCGACUACGGCGAUGUGCUUCUGACCCUUCAUAGACGCUAUGGAGACCUAGUACGCACUGGCCCCAAUUCUGUCAAUCUGGGAAAUCCGUCAGGUGUUCCCGUGCUAUACCGUACGAAUCCAACUCUGAAGAAGGGUAAUUUUUAUAUUUCCGUUGCAACUUCUGAAAGAGGCAGAGAAAUACAUUCGGUCGGUUCGACUAUGGACGAAGAAAUUCACACCAGGUUGAAGCGUCCGAUGGCGCCAUACUUUGCCAUUCCAAGCCUGUUGGGGAUGGAAUCAGCGAUGGACGAAAUCCAACAAGAACUAGAGGAUCAAAUCUGUCGUCGAGUCACUGUAGAUGUGGUGCUGUGGAUGCGUUUAUUCUCCUUGGAAAGCUUAUACUGGAUCGCCUUCUCUAACAAGCUGGGAUACCUGAGUCAAGGGAACGAUGCCGACGGGGUCCUGUCCAUGUUGCAAAGCAAAUUCGUGUUUGCUUGCUAUACUUCCACUGCUCCCAUAGUGGGCUGGCUGGCCAACUAUGUGGCUGGGUUCAUAGGGCCAGGCUUGGAUUCCCUUUUCCCAAAAGCUGCACAGGAGCUGCAGUCGCGCCGUCGCAACAAAAAAACUAAAACGACCCACCGGGAUUUACUGGCCCACUUUAUGGACGCCUCUCAGAAGGACCCGGAGACUCUCGAAGAGAAAGGUGUUCUGGGAGCAACCAUAUCAACUAUAUUCGCUGGAUCCGACACGACCGGUACAACCCUGACUUUCCUCUUGUACUAUCUCGUCAAGCAUCCUGCCGCUCUUGCGCGUUUACGGGAAGAGUUGGACUCUGCCGUCCGCUCCGGCAAUCUCAGCUAUGCGCCCAAAUGGACAGAGGUGUCCACCCUCAAUUAUCUGCAGGCGGUGUUCAAGGAAACCCUAAGGUUGCACAGCGCUGCACGCAUAUCCCUCUACCGUGCUGUCGGCCCCGAGGGGCUGGACUUGUGUGGUGAGCGUCUUCCUUCCGGGACCAACGUCGGAUGCUUUGGUUAUACAGCACACCGCAAUGAACCUGUCUACGGAAGUGAUGCGGGGCUGUUCCGACCAGAAAGAUGGAUAGAGGCAUCGAAUGAAUAA